GUCGCGCGUAUCGCAUACGUAUACUCGACGUAUUCCUCUCGCCGCCGCCGCCGCCGCCGCCGCCGUCUAGGGUUUUCGCCGGCGCAGCCGCGCGUGUUUUCGCCGUCGUAUGAGCAUCCGUCUAUCCGCCAACCUGGACCCCCGGCGCCCUCACCCCCAUGUCGUCGAGGAAUCCACGCGGCGCCGCCCACGGCGGCGGCGCUGGCGGAGGCCGGAGGAGGGCGGCGGCUAGUGGCGUGAUGCAGACGCCGAGACAUGUGCGGAUGAUCCAGGAGGAUCUGGCGCGCGCCCGUGCGGCGUCCGAGGCUGCGGCCGCGGCCGCGGCCGCGGAGGCGCAGCGCCAGGAGGAGGAGAAGAGGGCGAAGGAGGAAGAGGAGAGGAGGCUUCGGGAGGAGAGGAGGAAGAGGAGGCAGGAAGAGGGUAGGAAGCGUGGGGAGCGGGAGGAGAAGCGGCGGAUGGAGGCCGCGCGGAGGCGGCUCGGCGUCACCGUCGCUGAUGCUGCCGGCGGUGGUGCGCAGAAGCGGCCGGUGUAUGAAGCUAGGAAGCCUAAAGUGCAGCCGAAGCGUCAUGAUAAUGCCCAAUCUGAAGCCGAUGGGGGAGAAACGCAGGGCUUGAAGCGCCAAUUGGAAGACGAACAGAGCAAUGCAUUACCGGAAGACAUUAACAGCGCAGUUUGUGAUGUACUGAAAUCAGGGGAGGAACAAAGCACGGGAUCAUCGGGAGAGGACAGGAGAAUUGACGAUGACGAUGCUUGGGAGAACAAGAGCUUUGAUGAUUUUGAUGUUCUGUUGCGUGGUGAAUCUCCCUGUUUUCGAGAAGAGGAGAAAUCGGAGGAGAAGCAUGUGACUUCAGCAGCUCCGAUCACUAAUUCAAUCAGUGUGCCUGAAGAGAUUGAGGAAGAUGAGGUCUAUGUCCCUCUCGAUGAAGGUUCAAGCAAUCGAGUUGAUAGGGAGCUUCGUGCGCCGAUAUGUUGCAUCCUUGGGCAUGUGGAUGCUGGAAAGACAAAGCUGCUUGAUUGCAUCCGCCGCACCAAUGUGCAGCGAGGGGAGGCUGGGGGCAUCACGCAGCAGAUUGGUGCCACCUACUUACCGGUUGAGAACAUCAGGGAGAGGACCUCGUUGAAAGUUGAGGCCACCAUCAAAGUUCCUGGCUUGCUCGUAAUUGACACCCCUGGCCACCAGUCAUUCAGUAACAUGCGCUCGAGGGGAUCGAGUUUGUGCGAUGUUGCUGUGGUGGUGGUUGACAUUACGCGUGGGCUUGAGAAGCAGACUAUUGAAUCCCUUGAUCUUUUGAAGCGUCGCAAUUUGAGGUUCGUUGUUGCCUUGAACAAGGUCGAUCGACUUUAUGGAUGGAAGACUUGUCCCAAUGCACCAAUAGUGAAAGCACUCAACAACCAAUCUGAUGAUGUCCAAAGGGAAUUCAAAUGGAGGGCAACUGAGGUUAUAACACAGUUUAAGGAAUGUGGCUUCAACACUGCGCUGUACUAUGAAAACAAGAAGAUUAAAGAAGUGGUUAACAUUGUCCCAACCAGUGCUGUAAGCGGUGAAGGUAUUCCCGACCUUCUAUUGUUACUGGUGCGUUGGGUGCCAGAGAUAAUGAUGGAGAGGCUAAACUAUGUUGAUUCUGUGGAGUGUACUGUGCUGGAGGUCAAUGAAGAUAAAGACUAUGGAGCUACGAUUGAUGUAGUGCUGAUUAAUGGUGCUCUUCGAAAAGGUGAUCAAAUAGUUGUUUGCACCAAGCAGGGACCUCUCACGACCAGUAUAAGAUAUUUGUUAACUCCUUGUCCAAUGAAAGAAUCAGGAGGUAAGGGAUCAUACAAGCAUCAUGAGGAGCUUAAAGGUGCGCAAGGGGUAAAAAUCGUAGCACGAGGAGGAUUGCAACAUGCUAUGGCAGGCACUGCUCUCAUUGCAUUGAAGCCGGUGGAUGGUUUGGAACAAGCUGAAGCUGCUGUGAUGCAAGAUGUUAGUAAGGCCAUCAGUCUCAUCAAUGAGAAUGAUAUGGGUGAGAAUGAAGAUGGAACAGCAAUACAAGAAAUAAGUAGGAUCAAAACUUUCAGGGAGGGUGUCUAUGUGCAAGCAUCUAGUCUUGGAACCUUGGAAGCGAUUACUGAGCAUUUGAAAACCCUUUCUCUUGACGUUCCUGUCAGUGGUUGCAACUUAGGCCCAGUCCACAAGCAGGAUGUCAUAAAAGCAACUACCAUGCUGAAGCGGAAAGAAGAGUAUGCAGCCAUCUUGGCCUUUGAUGUCAAAGUAAUGCCUGAGGCUUUUGACCUUGCAGCUGAAUCAGGGGUGAAGAUUUUUACGGCUGAUACAGUAUACAAGCUUGUUGACAGCUUUACUGAUCACAUUAAGAAAUUGAAGGAAGAGAGGAAGAAGCAAUGUGCAUCUGACACAGUGUUUCCUUGCACCCUUAAGAUUCUGCCAAACCGUGUCUACCAUAGCAAGGAUCCAAUUGUUUGUGAUGUUGAAGUUCUGGAAGGCGUAGUCAAGGUGGGAACCCCAAUCUGUGUCUGUGUUCCAAGUAAGGAUAGAGGUGCAGACGUCGUUCAUGGCCUUGGGAGGAUCUCCUCGAUCAAAACAUCCAAUGGCAUGCAGAUUCAUUGUGCCAAGAAAGGAGUAGUGUCCAUAAAAAUAAUGGGGGAGAACCCUCAGGAGAAGUCCCGAUUGUACGGACGCCAUUUUAACGCCAACAACGACCUGCUCAGCCAAAUCUCUAGGAAAUCCAUUGAUGUGCUGAAAGAGCACUAUCGGGAUGAGAUGAGUGAUGAAAAUUGGCAGCUUAUCCGCAGGCUAAAGAAACAAUUCGGGAUAUCCUGAAGCCUUGGAAGAUUUCUUACUAGAUUUUCCCUCGCAAGUCCUGAGAUCUUUGUCCUUUUUUAAAUGUUUUAGUUUGUUCAUGGAGACGCUUGAUUUUUUUUUAUGUUUUAGUUUGUUCAUGAAGACUCUUGAACUGAGUUCUACUUGUGUUGUUGAAAGCCAUUUUCUGUUAUGAACUCAGAAUGAUAAAAUCAAUAAUAGACGCUUGGAUAUGUUGAAAUUGAUGUAA